CUUCUGUAUAAAUUGAUGUUCUUGCCUGCUUGGCUUUGCGUAUUCUGGUGUCUCUGCUUCUACUUUCUAUCGCAUCUCAAAAUCUGAAAAAUCUCAUAAAGAAGAGUUAGUUAAGCUCGAUCUCUCUCUCUCUUGUUAUACAAAAAGGAGGAGGAGGAGGAGGAGGAGGAGGAGGAGAUGUCAGGGAAAGGAGCCAAAGGAUUGAUAACGGGAAAAAACCCAGCUCAAAGCAAAGAAAAAGAUAAGAAGAAACCCAUCUCUCGCUCCUCUCGCGCUGGUCUUCAGUUUCCUGUUGGCCGAAUCCAUCGUCUUCUGAAAUCUAGGGUAACAGCACAUGGAAGAGUUGGUGCAACAGCAGCUGUGUACUCUGCUGCUAUCUUGGAGUACCUUACAGCAGAAGUGUUGGAGCUGGCUGGUAAUGCAAGCAAGGAUCUGAAGGUGAAACGUAUAACACCCAGGCAUUUGCAGCUAGCAAUUCGUGGUGAUGAAGAACUUGACACCCUUAUCAAAGGUACCAUAGCUGGAGGUGGUGUGAUCCCUCACAUUCACAAGUCUCUAAUCAACAAGUUGUCCAAGGAGUAAAACUAUUGCAGUCCAUUUUUUUUAUUGAUUCGGUCAUGGGAUGGAUUGAUGUACAUUGUCUAGUACAUUGUUGGUGAUAAUUGGCCUCUCUUUUGGUUGAUGGCUAGUCUCUUUUUAUGUGGUUUGUAAGUUGUAACCAAAAAAUUUGUGGUCUCACGACUCACCAGUAAAUUUUUGCAUGUUCUUUUCAUGUGGCAAUGCUGUAGAAUGCACAUAAAUUUGCCUGGAUAUGUGUUUAAUAUCGAUCCAUUCGUUUUAAUUUCCUGUUA